AAAGAUACCUUUGGAUAUAAACGGGUGGAAAGUAAGACAGAGAUUUUUGCUUCUUUUAUUUAUUUUUUUACAAAGCUAAAGCUAUUAGAAGAGGAUUUAAUAUAAGCAACUCAUCAUGAGCGUAAAGCAGCCCUGCAUCUUCCUCAAGGGAGCAGGAAAUAAGAGAAAAACAAGAGCUCUUACAAAGGAAGAGCUCGAAGAGCUCCGUGAAGCUUUUAUAGAGUUUGAUAAAGAUAAGGAUGGCUUCAUCACCUGCAAGGACUUGGGGAACCUGAUGAGAACCAUGGGCUACAUGCCGACUGAGAUGGAGCUGAUCGAGCUGAGCCAAACUAUUAACAUGAACCUGGGAGGACGGGUAGACUUUGAAGAUUUUGUGGAGCUUAUGACACCCAAGCUUCUAGAUGAAACUGCUGGGAUGAUUGGGUUAAAAGAACUCAAAGAUGCUUUCAAAGAGUUUGAUAUCGAUGGCGAUGGAUCUAUCUCAUCUGAAGAGCUGAGACUUGCUAUGAUAAAGCUGUUAGGCGAACAGACAAGUAAGAAAGAAAUAGAGGAAGUGGUCAAAGAAGUAGACAACAAUGGAGAUGGAAAAGUUGACUUUGAGGAGUUUGUGAUAAUGAUGUCAAAGAAAUGAGGACAACUAAAUGAAGGCAGAAGAGGAUCCAUAUUGUUUUAAGUUCUUUUCAAUAUUUUUUUUUGUAAAUAAGCUAUCUACCUACACAGACAGUAUGUAAAUUUAUAUUAUAACAAAGUUCUUUUUUGUGAAAAAAACUAUGAGUAUAAGCGUCAAGGAGCAGUCCUUAAUAAAAAGCAAAAAACAAAAUAACAUUUUCUGAUGUAAAAUUCCAUAUUUUUGUCAA